AUGCCUGCUGCUGCAGCCUGCUCUGAGGAUCUGUCGCUGCAAGUCGUGUUAACAGACGACCGACUACAGCGGCUUGAAGACAAACAAGCUGCCAUCCAAGCUGGCCCCACGGGCCUGGCGAUUAUGGCAGCUGGCAUGUCGAACAGCGGAGGUGCCGCUGUGGGUGGCCUUGUCUUCGGAGAAGCGCUUCUGGACAGCCAGGACCUUCAGAGAGGAAGCAUUUCGGGGGGCGCACUGGGGCUCCUUGGCUCGCAGGCCCCCCCUCCAGUGCUACUGCCCCUUGCAACACCUAUUGUUAACGCCAGCACCCGAUACACGACGGACCCCUGCAAGCCGAUGAUGGUCAGUCGGCAGCUCUCCAUGCGACACACUCGGAGGCUGUCGGCUAUGGAGUACGGCACGCUGCCGGACUCUGAGCCGCUGGUUGGCAGCGCCGGCGCGCAGUCACAAGUCAUCACCGUUGCCGCAGCGGCGGUUGCCGCCGCCGCCGGCGGUGGCGGGGGACUUGAUGCUCAGCCGCAAGAGGCCAUGACGGCUUGCAUGGAAUGUCACUUUCACGGCUGGUGUGCAAAGCCUUGCAAAUGGCCUGGAAACUCAUGUAUGGCUGGUGUGCAAAGCCUUGCAAAUGGCCUGGAAACUCAUGUAUGGCUGGUGUGCAAAGCCUUGCAAAUGGCCUGGAAACUCAUGUAUGGCUGGUGUGCAAAGCCUUGCAAAUGGCCUGCAAAUGCCAGCGCCCGUUUUGUUGAGAUGUACACUUAG